AAAAUUUUCCCAUAAUAAUCUAUCGCACAGUUCUAAUCAUACAUUCAUACCUACCAGUCCGCCACGCUACACAAAGGAGACGAAAUCCGCCAUGGAAAUGGGCAAGCUCAACCGUCUCUGCUUCGUCCUCUUCUUCUCACUCUGCUCCGCCGUCUCUUCCAUAUCCGGAUCGGAUGAUGCAGAUUGCGUCUACACGGCGUACAUCCGAACCGGAACCGUUUGGAAGGGCGGAACGGACUCGAUCAUCAGUUUGACUCUCUACGAUGCCGACGGUUACGGUGUACGGAUCAACAACCUGGAGGCGUGGGGCGGGCUUAUGGGCGAGGGCUACGACUACUUCGAGAGGGGUAAUCUCGACAUUUUCAGCGGCCGCGGCCCCUGCUUGAGUUCUCCGAUCUGCUCCAUGAACCUCACCUCCGACGGAACCGGACCGCACCACGGCUGGUACUGUAACUACGUCGAGGUCACCGUUACCGGCGUCCACCAGGCCUGCAACCAGCAGCUCUUCACCGUCGAGCAGUGGCUCGCCACUGACGCGUCGCCCUACUCGCUCACCGCGGUCGUAGACAACUGUUACUAUGAUCGCUCCCGGCUAGCCGCCGUCGACGGUGAGAAGACGACGAUUUCUUCCCCUGUAAUUGCCGUGGUUUGAGAAGACGAUUUGUUUCCCUGUAUCGAUGUUGUAAUGGGCUUUUGAUUUUGGGCUAUAGUAGGGCACAAUAUGGGCCUUGGGAGCAAACAAGGCCCAAGGCCGCGUAAUCAUUGCGUUGUUUAUUAAUAUUGGUCGUGAAAAACGUGGUCCUGUCAUGAAGGAACACUCACGUGCAGUCCGCCACUAUGUGCCGACAUUUUAUUUUAUUAUUAUUAUUUUUUUUUUGAGGAAAAACUAUGUGCCGACAUAUGAAGUAAAUUUUGUUACAAUCAAUUUAUAUAAUUUUCGAUGUACUUUGGUGAUUUCGAUUUGGA